UAAAAUUAAUAAGCAUGUACGAACAGAAUAGGGAGGGUGUCUCCGGCCUCAGAGUCUUGGAAGGAGAAGACCUUGGCCAAGGUAAUAGAAUCAGGAAACAGCAGAUACAGCAGAAGGACUGGCUCGACCAACAGAUUAGACUUAAGCAAGAGCAAGAGAGAAUUGCAAAAGAAAAUCAAGAUGAAUAUGAACAACAAGAAGGCCAUCUACAUGAUCUUUUGUCGAAAGCUCAAGAUGACGAGGAAGCUAACAGAAGAGCUAUGGCUAAGGCAAUGAUGGAUGAGAAUUUAGUAGCCUCUAAAACUAAGAAAGAUCAUGAAAAAUAUAUCGGAGACCGUAAUCAUACAGGAGAUAAUUAUGACUUGGAUGCAGCUAAUAGUGAUCCUUUCCUCAAUGAGCAUUUCGGAACGACCAAAAACGAACUUGGAGAUCAUAGGUAUAAGCCAUAUCAUUUCAAGGGACUGAGAGAAGAUCAUAAAGACCAAAUUAAUCUAGAACUCAAACGUCAACUUGAGGAAGCUGAAAUCAAGAAAAAGCAAGAUAAAGAAGAAGAGAGGCUCUGGGCCCUACAAGCUGAGCAUUUGAGAAAACUCCAAAUUAAGGAAGACCGUUUGUUAAAAAGAAAGAAGCGUGAAAUGGAAGAAGCUGCACUUUCCCAUCAGGUUGACCAUAACAAAGAAAAUAAGAUUAAAUGGAAGAACCCAUACGGAGACAGAUCAUAGAGGUCUGUU